ACGAGAACUGACAUCGUUGACACUUUAGCGGCCACUUGGUUCUGACGGUCGGUGUUUGUGGUCUGACACGUUUUGGGUGCAGAUAUUCAAUAUAUAGUGCAAAAAUGUGCAACGUUGAAAGCAUACAAAAAAUUGCAAAUUACCUAGGGGUACAACCAGGUAGAUUAGGUUACAAUAACGAGCAGGUUGUAACCAGGACCGUAAAAAAUCAAACACAACAAGGAUACGCUACCAUCUUAAGUCAACUUGCCAAAGAAAGUAAGGACGAUAGCAGCAAAACUGCAUCGCUGGAAACACAGACUGAAAUUCGACAGUGGAUUGACUAUGCUAUUCUGUAUGUAGCUCCUGGGACGAAGGACAAGCAAGUUGUACGAGUGAUACUCAAGGACUUAAAUCAGUAUUUGCUGACGCGGUCAUAUUUUGUUGGAUAUUCAUUGACUUUGGCUGAUUUGGCGAUAUUCUAUGCAAUUCAUGAUAUCGUGAAAUCCCUGACUCCAAUCGAAAAGGAAAGCUACCUAAACCUAUCCCGGUGGUUCAAUCAUCUGCAAAAAAACGAACAGAUCCAACAAGGAGCAGACCUUAUCAACUUCACUACCAUUUAUUUGCAUGGCUGGGCGACAGGUACUCACAUGUAAUGCUGAGGACCUCUUCAGUUUUGCAUAAUCUUGCACUGAACUAAAGCAAAUCAAAGCAAUUCUGCAAUUCUGAUAUUGAAGUUAAGUUCGAGAUAGAAUUUCCAGUUAAAUUAUUUUAUUUUUAGAGAAUAUGUUAAAUAUUUUUUUUAAGCUUUAGAUCUAGAAUGAAUUUCACGUUUAGACCAUUUUAUUUGUGUUCUGUUGUAUUUUGUCCCCCUGACAUUUUGUAAAUUGCUCAAAAACACAAUUUGAAGUAUUUCAUGAAAGUAUGUUGCUUCUGCAUUGAGACGUUGCGCUAAAGUGUUUCAAAUGAAUAAAUAAUAAUUGCUGAAUCA